AUGGCAUAUAUCAUUGCCGUCAAUGCCUCCAUCGUAUCAGAUUCCGGUGGUACCUGCGUUUGCCCUCACACGGCCGCGGAUCCUACUUGUGAUCAAGAUGCAAGCUAUUUGCUCUGCACCCAGGGCAUCAAGCGCGACAUUGUUACGGCCACUGCCGCCAUCUCAGCACUAUCAUGCUUCUGCAUGGGACUCUUUGCCAACUUGCCGGUUGCUUUGGCGCCAGGAAUGGUUGGCUAUCACGGCACCGGGCUGGUCCCAUACCGAGUAGCCCUCACCGCCAUCUUCGUCGAAGGUUUCAUCUUUCUCACACUUGCCAUCCUCGGGCUGCGACAAUGGCUCGCCAGAGCGAUUCCCCACUCCAUCAAGGUUGCCACGGGCGUUGGCAUCGGCCUGUAUCUGACUCUGAUUGGACUCACGUACAGUGAAGGCAUUGGCGUUGUCGUCGGAGCCAGGGCGACGCCAGUGCAACUUGCUGGGUGCUCCCCGGAGAACCGCCUUGCCGACGGCACAUGCCCCAGCUGGGACAAGAUGCGCCACCCUGCAAUGUGGAUUGGAAUCUUCUGCGGUGGAAUCUUGACGGUCGUGCUGACCAUGUUCCGGGUCAAAGGCGCCAUUAUCAUUGGCAUCCUCCUCGUCAGCGUCAUCUCGUGGCCUCGCACAACGCCCGUCACCUACUUUCCGUACACCGACGUCGGAAACAGCUCGUUUGACUUCUUCAAGAAGGUCGUGGCCUUCCAUCCGAUCCAGGACACGCUCAACGUUCAGGACUGGAACGUCUCGGAAUACGGCGGGCAGUUUGGCCUCGCCCUCAUCACCUUUCUCUACGUCGACAUCCUCGACGCCACCGGCACACUGUACUCCAUGGCCCGGUUCGCCGGCCUCAUGGAUCCCGUGACGCAGGACUUUGAGGGCUCAGCCAUCGCAUACAUGGUUGACGCGCUGUGCAUAUCCGUCGGUGCCGUCCUCGGCGUCCCUCCCAUCACGGCCUUUGUCGAGUCCGGUGCCGGCAUCUCCGAGGGCGGCAAGACGGGCCUGACCUCGAUGGCCACCGGCCUCUGCUUCUUCUUCGCCGUCUUCUUCGCGCCCAUCUUCGCCUCCAUCCCGCCCUGGGCCACGGGCUGCGUCCUCAUCCUCGUCGGGUCCAUGAUGGCCAGGGCCGUUCCCGACAUCAACUGGAAGUACAUGGGCGACGCCGUCCCCGCCUUCCUCGCCAUCUGCCUCAUGCCCUUUACGUACUCCAUCGCCAACGGCUUGAUCGGCGGCGUCUUCUCCUACGCGAUCAUCAAUGGCGCCGUGUGGCUGGUGAAGAAGCUGUCGCGCGGGCGCCUUACGCCGUCCAACAUGGACGACCAGGAGAACUGGACGUGGCGCAUCCCCGGCGGCUUUCUCCCUCCCUGGCUGGUCCGUCUGGCAAAGGGCGAGAGGCACUUUUGGCGGCAAGACCCGCCGCCCCCGGGGGGUGCUGUUGUUCAGAGCAAGCUCGGGCCCGACGAGCAGGGCUCGGACGAUGCCGGGCCAGAGGUGAAGAGCUGA